GUAGUUCAAUUCCCGAACACACUUCUGAAUCAACUUUCACUCUGUUCACAACUCCUGUGCAGUCCGUGUCUUGCCGUACUUGCGGGUGUGCUGCCAAGUAACUUCGAACUUCGCGGUCCACCAUUGAGAAAUAUUGUGCAACGGAUAUACUCAUUCAUUUUGAACGGCGGUCAUCGUUCGUCAACAUCAGAUUUGUCUAACUAUUCUUCGUCAACCCGACUACGUAUCAAAACACCAUGAAGCCAUUCACUUUUGGAGUUGUUGUUCUCAUUGCCGCCUUCUGCGUGGCCCUUAUCUUUGGUGCCGAAGAACCCGCCAAAGAAAAGGAAGAUGAUGGAGUCAAGAUCUACAAACGGCUCAUCCCAGCUGAUGUGUUGAGAGAUUUCCCUGGAAUGUGCUUCGCUUCAACUCGCUGUGCCACUGUUGAACCUGGCAAAUCCUGGGACCUCGCUCCAUUCUGCGGCCGUUCCACCUGUGUUGUUUCCGAGACUAAUGCAGCUCAACUAUUGGAACUGGUUGAGGAUUGUGGACCACUGCCUUUGGCCAACGACAAGUGCAAAUUGGACACUGAGAAGACUAACAAGAGCGCCCCCUUCCCAUACUGCUGUCCUAAGUUCACCUGCGAGCCAGGAGUCAAAUUGGAGUAUCCUGAAAUCAAGCCAGCCGAUGCUGCUCCAGAGGAGAAGAAGAACUAAGAACCGAUACGGAAGAAGAUUGUACCACACGAAGACAAGUAAAAAAAAGCAUUCAACAUCCACUCCCAACUACCUAUUUAGACGUUUUGUACAGUUGAGACAUGUUAAGACUACUCUGAAGAAACAGAAGGAAAAACAAACGUACUAUCGAACAAGAAACACACCAUAUAACUAUUAGUCAUGUAUGUGAUAUUAGAAAUAUGUAUUUAUCAGAAGAAAAAAAACUCUUAAUUUUGUUUAGAACUCUGUAUUUUUCGUUACAUUCGUGGUUUGAAGCAGAAAAUGGUCAAUUCCUCAAUUGUCUUAUAGUACAACAGUAAAUUCCAUCAUUUUACAAAGUAUCGUCAAUGACUAAAAUUGAUAAUUCAGUUAAAGAGAAUGCAGUUUUUGUAAAUAAAAUUUUCAGUUCUAUAUA